CGAUUCUACAUAAGAACGAACCAAUGAACGAUCUUCCUUUUUAUGUGUGUGUGUAACCUACUAGUUAGGAGCGGAAGCAUUGCCCAGUUGCUCGUUUCCGUCUUCCCAGUGCCUGUCAGCCAUUACUGCUCUGCUCGCCGGGUCUUGCAGGGUGUAACUGGUACAACUGACAUACUUUCCGAAAAAUCGAAGAUCGUUCCUACGGAACUGGUAGUGUGUCAGCAGAUUCUUCCGAACUUUUGCCGAGAUGUAUAACAAUAGUUAUUCCAAUCAUACCAGUUACAGACCCAGGGGAAGUAGAGAUUCUACCAAUCGUAAUGGAGGGGGAACAUAUUGGAAUAGACAACAACAGACAAACAAAGAGAAGUCAAUUAAGAAGCAAGUCCAAAGAAGAACUCCUGGAGAUUCACUGAAAAAACCUAGCUGGGAUCUCUCUAAGUUACCAGUGAUCACAAAAAAUUUAUAUAUUCCACAUAUCAAUAUUUUAAAACGAUCCAGUGAUGAAGUUAAUAAAUAUCACAUUGGCAAAGAAAUCACUGUGAAAGGAAACAAUACUCCUUCUCCAAUUCAAGCAUUUGAAGAAAGUAACUUCCCAGAUUAUGUAAUGGAAGAGAUAAGAAAGCAGGGUUUUGCUGAACCAACAGCAAUCCAAGCACAGGGUUGGCCAAUAGCACUCAGUGGUCGUGAUUUGGUUGGAAUUGCUCAAACAGGAUCUGGAAAAACUUUAGCUUAUAUAUUACCAGCAACUGUACACAUUAAUCAUCAACCACGUUUGAGCCGAGGAGAUGGUCCCAUCGUUUUGAUACUCGCUCCAACAAGAGAAUUAGCCCAACAAAUUCAAUCUGUUGCUAGAGAUUUUGGUUCUUCCUCCUGUAUUCGUAAUACUUGCAUCUUUGGUGGUUCCCCAAAAGGGCCUCAAGCUCGUGAUUUAGAACGCGGUGUUGAAAUAUGUAUUGCAACUCCUGGUAGAUUAAUCGAUUUUCUCGAGAAAGGAACUACAAAUUUACGCAGAUGUACAUACCUAGUCUUAGAUGAGGCGGACAGAAUGUUAGAUAUGGGAUUCGAGCCUCAAAUCCGAAAAAUCAUAGAGCAAAUUAGACCUGAUAGGCAGGUAUUGAUGUGGUCUGCAACAUGGCCGAAAGAAGUACAAGCUUUGGCUGAAGAUUUCCUCUCAGAUUAUAUUCAAAUUAACAUCGGUUCUUUGACAUUGGCCGCUAAUCACAAUAUUCGUCAAAUCGUAGAAAUUUGUCAAGAGCAUGAAAAAGAAAUGAAACUUUCAAAUCUUUUGAGAGAGAUCGGCAAAGAUCGAGGAAGCAAGAUGAUAAUUUUCGUUGAAACGAAAAAGAAAGUGGACGAUAUUACCAAAGCUAUUAAACGAGAAGGUUGGCCUGCUAUCUCUAUUCACGGUGACAAAUCCCAGCCUGAGAGAGAUUACGUGUUAUCUGAGUUUAGAAAUGGAAAAACAAUGAUUCUUGUUGCUACCGAUGUUGCUGCUCGUGGCCUGGACGUAGAAGAUGUGAAGUAUGUAAUUAACUUCGAUUAUCCGAACAGUUCUGAGGAUUAUAUUCAUAGAAUAGGAAGAACUGGACGUUGCCAAAGCGCGGGUACUGCUUAUGCUUAUUUUACGCCUAAUAAUGCUAGACAAGCAAAAGAACUAAUUUCUGUUUUGGAAGAAGCUGGUCAAGCAAUAAAUCCACAACUGGCCGAUUUAGCAAAUUCGAUAAAACCUGCAUACGGAAAGGGUCGCCAACGUUGGAGUCAUUCUCGUUCUAAUAAAGAUAAUAGUUCCACUGGGAGCCCAAGAAAUAAUAGUAGCCCGAUUUCGAAUAAUUGGCAAAAUCAGCACGUUCAGAGUACUCAACACAGUAAUGGUAGCAGUCAAGAAAGGACUGUUGUACGCCAGCAAAAUGGAUAUCAGGCCAGUCGACAGAAUAGUUUCCAAUCCAAUUAUCAGCCGCAACAACAUCAACAACCGCAACAGCAACAGCAUCAACACCAACAACAUCAACAACAGCAGCAGCAGCAGCAGCAACAACAACAACAACAUCAACGGCAACCGAAUACUUAUACCAAUGGCUGUCAAACUACCAAUAGCUAUUCAGCUAGUUAUCAAAAUGCAAAUAUUCCUAGAUAUCAUGGAAGAACAGGAGGUUUCCAAGGAAAUCGUUAUCACAAUCGUCAGAGUGCUUACAACACCAAUCAGACACCUGGAGGACAAAGCGUAUAUUCUAUGCCGCCUCCAUUCAUGAUGCCAUCUGCUGGCGGACACACAGCUGAUUCCUCCAUGCAAAGCCUCGUUAACAACAAGUUUUUCCAGACGAAUCGUCCACCACCAAAUACUGGUGCUUGCGCGUAUCAAUCGAUGGGAUAUAGUCAGUUCCAAGCUGUGCCACCGUAUAGUUAUCCUUAUCCGCCUACACCAGUGCAGCAGUGACGCUUUUCAAGGUAUAAAUCGGUAAGAGUGCAGGCUAAGUAAGAAAAUCAAUUUUUCCUCUUUAUAUCAGGCCCAUUAUAUAUUUACGGUUUGUGUAGACAAUUGGGUCUCUUUUGAAUAUAUAAGUAACAUAAUGUUUCCUCUUUUCAUUGUCAUUUAUUAUUUUUUCUGGAAUGAUGCCGAUUCAAUGCAUUCGACGAAGCAAAAUUAUUUGUGUUUAUUCGAAAGCAGAGACAAAGCAGAGACAAAACAAUCGAUAAUUUGUUGGUUUUAUUAUAGUUAUAAAUAUUUAAAUUGGAACGUUUUCAAACAUUCGAGAGAAAAAAAAAAUAAAAAAAUUAAUUAUUACUUAUUAAUAAUGUAGGCACAUUCCAGUCAAGUUUUUUGAAGUAGUAGUAGUAAUUAUUUAGCAAUGAUAUAUUGAUAUAAUCAUUACUGGAUGUAGAAUAUGACCAACAAUUGUAGACUUGUAACUAAGUGGUCAUAUCCUAAAAAGUAAUUAAUCUUCUUGAGAUAAAACUAUGUAAACGUCAUUUAAUGCUUUCCCGAAAUGCACGAAACGUAUAGAAGGGGGGUGGGUUAACGUUUUCAUAUUUGAUAAUUUAUUUAUAUUUUGCAUAUAUAUAUAUACGUAUGUACAGGCAACGCUCUUCAAAAUGUAAGGCCUUUUGCAUAAAAAUUAAGCCGUACACCCGUUUUUACAAAGCGCACGACGAAUAUAAAAAAAAAUAUCGUGUCCUCUGUUUUGUAACGAGACUGGGUGUUGUGUCUCUUUGAUAAUAGGGGAAAGGUAUAUCUCAUCAAAAUUAAAGAACUUUGAUGGAGGAUAAAUCCAGCAUAAUUAUAUAGCGUACAAAAGUGAGUACUUCGAAACUAUCCUGGGCCGGUAUCUUUGGAAUAAAUUCAAAGCAUAAAACCGGCUAAUGGGGAAGAGAAAGGAAAACUUAAAUUAAGCAUGUAGUCACAAUGGCUGUGUACCUCGGCGCAAAGUUUGAUACCUUAUUUUUAUAAUAUAUAUCGAAAGUAAUUUGUUGUUAAACCAACGAAUGAUUAUACGAAGAUAAAAAAAGUAAGAGAAACAUUGUUGUUUGAUGUUUAUGCAAUUGGCCACUGAGUGGUCUUGUCCUUGCGCGACCGUGUACAAUGUAUAUAGGUGCACGCGCAGGCUGGCCGCAAAUCGAAUAAAAUUUAGUUGUACCUGUUUUUUAGUUCGCGCUCAUCGAAAUUCUUGCUAUUUUUUAGGGAACGAUUCAGACUAUCCGAAAGGCAUUUUUCUAUUGAAACGUUUAAGAAAAAAAAUAUUGCGCUGCCGUGAACGUAUUGAACGCGUGAUGAAAGAGUUUUUAACUUAUGGUAUUGAUCCAUGUGUUGUAUAUAUCGUUAUGGCCAUUCCGAAGUGGCUUCCAAGGAAAUUUCACGUGAUAAAUGAUACGAAAAAUAAUGAAUAAUGAAUUCAUGCCGCGAAUCGGGCACGAAAACCGUUUAUCGACAGCGCAUAGCGAUUUUUUGCGGGCCUCCAGAUUACACUGUACACGUCACUACUCGAAUAAACGAACAGCAAAGAAAAGAGCCAACAGAGAAGAAUGCAAGACUCGAAUAUACACUCGAGCAAGGACUCGUUUGCGAACGACAUUAUUGUGAUAAUUAUACGUAACGCUUUCGUGAAACGGUCUCACAGUUCGUUACUUAAUUACGCACAGUAGAAAAUGUUGUGAAGCAGUACGUGUGCACAAUAACAUUUCCGGUUGAUUCACGAAACCGCGUCACACGCAUUUCAAGCGGAUUUUGCUCGAUAAGAGAGGAAAAAGCUCUAUCGAUUCGUUUCUAGGUUUCCACAUGGUAGUCUUUAUAUUCUUCUUUUGCUGAGCCGAUAGAUUGGAUAUUUCAAAAUAUAUGGUGGGGUCGCGAACAGAAGUUAGGCAUUCGCGGUAUAUUGUUGUCUUUGUCCUUUUCAACAUUGUGAAUGCUUAUACGCUCCUACUGCGUUGAUCUGACUGCAACAUGUUGCGUUGUCAGAAUGAAUAGUGAUAUAAAUAAUAGGAAGCGUAUGCUACGAGUAUUGGACACUUCUGAAUACUCAUACAUUGCGUACGCCCUCUAUUAAAUCAUCUUAUUGAUUUUUGAAACUUCGUUUAAUCUAUGUCUUUUCAUCGUUGUUGAUCAGUAAUUUUUCUUUAGUACACUAAUUAUCUACUUCUUCUGAAUUUUUCUUAGUACGUAGUCUACUAUAUUUUGGCAAAUAGCAGACUAUUGUAGUGCAAUUCUACAUCUUUCAAUUCCAUCCAUUGCAAGUAAUGCAUCUUUCAAGCAUUUAUCAAUAAUUGAGGCUUAUAGAUAGAUACAUAUAUUGCUGUCAUAAAAAUUUGACAGAUAAAUUAAAGUUUCUUCUAAAUAUUUCAGAUAGCCUCAGAAUUAUAACCCUUUAAGCUGUGCUACAUUUGUUCCCAUAUACUAAAGUGAAAUGAAAAUUAAUGACCGUCGAAUAUGCAUAUCUUUUCUAAAACCAAAUCUCUAAACGUAUGGUCAUAGAAUUUUCUUAGAAACUUGUUAUAGUUGAAAAAGUUUAAAGGAAGUUUAAAAAGUUUAAAAAGAAGAACGCAGAGCAAAUAUUGAACGUUGGACAGCAAAGGGUUAAUAUUUUACAUUUCAUUUAACAGAACACAUAACAGACAUCAUGCUUUUAAGUUUUUUCCUAAAUAAAAUAAAUGUUCUAACGAAGUGCAACUUGCAUUUUGAAAAUUGAUAGUGGGUGUACGCGUAGUUCUGUGAUAUGUAAGAUGUAGCAUAUUUAUAGAUCUACCUAUCGUGCAUCAUGAUUAAAAUAAGGAACGUAUCUUAUCAGUUUUAUACGUGGUAUACAAAUCAUAUGAUCCUAAAUGACGUGUACUGCGAGAGCUGUCUACUUUAAGGAAAGAAAAACAAAAGUUGUUGCGAAAAAGCGAAAGAUCAGUAUUCCUUUUUUUUUUUUUGUUUGCGUUUGCCGUGCGAAUUCGUAUAUUGUCAGGGUAGAGAAUAGGGAGAAGAAAUUGGAAUAUGAAAACGUGUAUUACUUCAGAGCGUUCUUCUAUUCAUCAAUAUCCAAGUUUUUUAUUUCAUUAUGUAGUCUGAUAAAUUCAUCUUCUAAGCGUAUAUGAAGAUGUAGACACAAGGGUUCUUCGUUUCUCUCUUUCUCAUAUAUUGUCAAACUAUUUAUCUCUUUUUUUUGUAUGUUUGUCUAUUUUAUUAAGAUAUAGUCUUCUAAAUACUUACGUGUUUGUUGCUAACAAAGGAAUCUAUGAAAUUUCAGUAUUUUUCAGCUAUGGGUUCUUUUUUGUUCUUUUUACUUCUCUUUUUUUUUUAUUUGCGUUAAUGAACAAUUAUAAAUCUUAUGUUCAUUUGUAAUCGUACUACGUUUAACGAGAACUGUUAAAAACAUGGAUGCGUAUUUUUCGUAUAGUAGAAUAUGCGGUAUACUUCAUUUCUACGGUGCAAAAUCGUAUCUCUGAAGUCUACUUUCUCCCUACUAGUCGAUAUUCAUUUUUUUUUUUUUGUUCUUUUUUUGUAUUAUACUCCGUUUUGUCGUGUUGUUAGGGAACAUCCAUUUCAGCUGUACACUUUUAAUGUAACUCUUAACGAGAUCAGUCAUCUCUAGUUGAUAACGAAAGAUUUCCCGGAGAGAAAAAAACGAAAUCUUAUUCUCUUGUUGUUACAAAAUGAAAAAGCGGAAACGAAACUAGUGUUCAACACUAAACUUUGCAAUAUCGAUGAACUCGAAUAUAUUUGGUCGAUAAUAUUUCUAAGUAAACCGUACAUAUAUUUUUUUAUAUCAGUUUUCAACAGUGAUGGUAAACGUUGAACGAAUGAGAUGAGGGAGGUAGUUUUCAAGAUAUCUCUAUGACACGCCUUCCGUCUGUUUAAUUGAAGAAAAGGUUCGAAAAAUAUAUUCUCGUGAAAUCUUUGCGCUUGCAUUAAGCACACUCGUUCAGGUCAUGUUAGUUGAUCGAUCGAACUUGUAACCUUAUAUUUAUAAUCUGUUGUUCGUUUCACUCGAAGAAAAAAAAAAAAAAAAAGAAAAGGAAAAGA